AUGGCAAAGACAUCUAUUCCUGUUGGCUUCGUUGGGCUGUCGUCCAAGCCCGAGUGGUCCUGGGCCGUGGCAGCUCAUUUACCCUACUUUGCGCAGUCAACCAACUACAAGAUUGCAACGCUGCAAAACAGCUCGGCCGAAACAGCCAAGAAGGCCAUCGAGGUCCACAAGCUGGGAGAUGAUGUCCACGCUCAUGGCGAUGUUCAGUCGAUUGCCUCCGAUCCAAACGUCGAUCUGGUCGCCAUUGCAGUCAAGGUCCCACUCCAUGCUGCUGUUGUCGAGGCAGCUUUGAACGCCGGCAAGUCCGUCUUUUGCGAGUGCCCUCUGGCACGAAACGCCGACGAGGCUGAGCGCCUUGCGUCUCUUGCCCAAGAGAAGGGUGCCAAGACUCUGAUCGGUCUCCAGGGUCGUCAGGAUCCUGUCGUCCUGAAGGCCAAAGAGUUGGUCGCCGCGGGUACUCUAGGAGAUAUCCUCCAGACCACCAUGCUCUUCACGAGCCCUUGGUUUGGCGGUACUAUGCCAGAGUCCAAUGUGUAUGGGGUCGACAUUGACAAUGGAGCCAAUCUGAUGACAAUCUCUGUCGGUCAUUCGCUUGACACGUUGUGUUACGUACUUGGAGAGCUUCACGGAAUCCAGGCCAAUCUCGCCAACAACCGACCAGAGGUCACUGUCACUAAUGCAGCCGGAAACCCCAAGGGCACAGUCAAGAAGACCUCACAUGAUAAUUGCUCUGCCACUGGCACUCUGCCAGGUGGUGGAGUUGCCACAGCUAUCUGCCAGGGAGGCACGAGUACCAUCGACAAGAAUUUUUUCUGGGAGAUCAUGGGAACAAAGGGCACGCUACUCCUCAAAGGACCCAUGGGCAACGUCCAGGGAUUUCCACCAACCAUCAAGUUCAUCGACGCCAAGCCCGAAGCGAAGCCACAGCCGAUCGAGGUGCCACGUGCGACCGGCUUUGAGUACAACACUGGCAAAGCUUGGGAUGCUUUUGCAGGGGAGGGAGCGGGAGAGACGCCUGAUUUCCAGGUCGCUCAGACAAGACAUCGGAUGUUGGAGGCCAUCUAUAGGAGCAACGAGAAGGGGACGAGGGAGGAUUAUGUUUAA